UGGCUGAACAUGCCGAGUUCGGGGUGGAAGUGCGUUUACGAGGAAUUGCAGACUAACGUCGUCGUUUUGGGCGAUUACCAUUCAUUCUACGGUGACGGCGAUCAUAAUUACACUAUACAUCCAACCCUCACCAUUAAGGUGUCAUCCCCACACGGAUCUAACCUGUAUAAGAAAGAGAAGUCGGGGUACGGCCGAUUCGCCUUCACGGCCAGCGAGCCAGGGACCUACGCAGCAUGCCUCACAGUCGACAAUGACGAUCACAAUGGUAACACAGUCACGGUCGGCUUAGACUGGAAAACUGGGGUUGCUACUAAGGAUUGGGACUCUGUUGCAAAGAAGGAAAAAAUUGAGGGUUUGGAUCUUGAGAUGAAAAAGCUUCAGGAUUAUGUGCAGGCCAUCAAAGACAACAUGAAUCGUUUGAUGAGCAAGGAUUUGGGGAUUAGGUAUGCGAGUGUUCAAACAAACGCUCGUGUGGCGAAGUACAGCCAGGCGUCUCUCGGUCUCUGCAUCGUUGUUUCAGCUCUCCAGUUGUGGUAUUUGAGGCGAUACUUCCGCAAGAAAAAACUCAUUUAGACAAACACAAUACUCAAACAUCCAAAGAU